UAAAUGCACACUAAGCGAGACGUACCAUUGUCGUCCCGAUAAAGUGUGAGCGUUAAAUUAUAUUUAGAUGAUAACGACACUUCGCUUACCGACAUGGAAGAUCCACUAAAAAGAAAUAAGCUGUCUUCAUACUGCGUGGGAUGUGGGCAUCAGAUCCUGGAUCGCUUCAUCUUGCGGGUUUUUCCUGAUCUGGAGUGGCACGCGGAGUGUCUGAAGUGCGCAGAGUGCCAGCAGUAUCUGGACGAGUCCUGCACGUGCUUCAUCAGAGAUGGAAAAAUCUUCUGUAAAGAACAUUACAGUAGAUUAUGCACUAUUAAAUGUGCAAAAUGCCUCAAAGCCUUCAACAGAAACGAGUAUGCCAUGCAAACACGAAUGAAUGUUUAUCAUGCGCAGUGUUUUCUAUGCGAGAGCUGCAAUCGUCAAUUACUCCCUGGAGAUGAGUAUGUUCUGCAGGACAGCCAACUGUUCUGUACAGACCAUCAGAAGCUCUCCAACAAAUUAAUGAGUACUUCAAAUAACCCACAUCUCAAAACUCAGGACCCUGUUUAUGAGUCAGAAGACAUCAAAUCUGCAUCACGGUUAAGUCCUCCCUGGUCUUCAAAGCAGAGGUCAGAAAGGGCUACCCGCGUGAGGACGGUUCUCAACGAGUCCCAGCUCCGCAUGCUACAGACCUGUUACAGUGCUAAUCCUAGACCCGAUGCCCUCGUGAAAGAACAGCUGGUGGAAAUGACGGGCCUCAGCCACCGGGUCAUUCGAGUCUGGUUCCAGAACAAGCGGUGUAAAGAUAAGAAAAGGAGUCUAAUCAUGAGACACACACAGAAGCUGUUUGAGGGCUGCCUGGACAUUUCUGAGGAGCCUCUUCUUCCAGAGAGUCAGGACAGUGACAUGUUCAUAAGCUCACCAUGGAAACUACUCACCUAAAUAUCAAG